GUUUGAUUUUGACACAAAGGGUGCUUGCUUAUGCUGUUGAAAGAUGUCGCUUAAAAGUUUUGUUAGAGAGCUGCGAGAGAUGAAAGAUGGAAUUGGAAGCAUUUCAAAGCGAGGAGAAGAAGGGGGGACUGGGAGGCAUUGGCGAAACCGCACGAUGUCGCAUAUUGCACCCGAUCAAGAACCUUCCCCAUUGGAGAUAAUUCAGCAAGGCCGGUGGGCAAAUCUGCCCCCUGAAUUGCUUUUAGACAUCAUCCGGAGAGUGGAAGAGAGUGAAACCUCAUGGCCUGCUCGAGCUGUAGUUGUUUUUUGUGCUUCAGUUUGUAGGUCUUGGAGGGCCAUUACAAAGGAGAUUAUCAGAACACCUGAGCAAUGUGGAAGGCUCACAUUUCCAAUCUCGUUAAAGCAGCCUGGACCUCGGGAGUCUCCAUUUCAGUGCUUUAUAAGAAGGGACAGAGCAACUUCGACUUACCUUCUGUACUUCGGUUUGGUACCUUUGGAGGAUGAGAAGGAUAAAUUGUUGUUAGCAGCCAAGAGGGUCAGACGAGCGGCUGGCACCGACUUCAUCAUAUCUUUAGCUGCCGAUGAUUUUUCUCGAGCAAGUAGUACCUAUGUUGGUAAAUUAAGGUCUAAUUUCCUGGGCACGAAGUUCUCAAUUUAUGACAGCCAACCUCCUUGUGACCCUGCAGCUUGGCAAAAUAGUCGAUCGAGCCGUAGAUUUCGCUCUAAGCAAGUCUCUCCUAGAGUACCUGCCUGUAACUACAGUGUAGGCACAAUUUCUUAUGAACUUAAUGUUCUUCGUACUAGAGGUCCUCGGAGAAUGCAGUGCAUCAUGCAGUCGAUUCCAGUCUCUUCAAUUCAGGAGGGAGGCACUGCCCCAACACCUACAUCGUUCAUAUACUCUAUCGACGACCACCUUUCUUCCACAUCCAAUUCUAUAAGAAAGGAUCCAUCCAAGGACUUUGGCUCAAAGAGCCUAUCAGAACCAGCAGCAGUUCAGGGGUCGGAUGAAUCAUUGGUACUUAAAAACAAGGCACCGAGAUGGCACGAGCAGCUGCAGUGCUGGUGCCUAAAUUUCAGAGGCCGUGUGACUGUGGCAUCUGUUAAGAACUUCCAACUCGUUGCAGCUGUUGAUCAAUCCCAUAAUGUUUCGGUGGAAGAGCAAGAGAAGGUACUUCUUCAGUUCGGAAAAAUUGGAAAAGACAUCUUCACCAUGGAUUACCACUACCCGCUCUCUGCCUUCCAAGCCUUUGCAAUCUGCUUGAGCAGCUUCGACACGAAGCCAGCCUGCGAAUGACAUCAUGUUGUGAGUAGUGAUCGGAAAGUAAGAAAAUGCUGGAGCUUGUUGGGGAAGAACAACAGCUGAGAAGAUGGCUAUGUGAUCGAUAUCGUCGCCAAGAGUGGUUAAUUCUGAGGCUUGACUUGUAAUUUGUAUCAUCUCCUUGGCUCUAAAACGCAUACAUUAUUAUAAAUGUCAAUCCGUUGUAUUAUCUAUGUAGAUUUCUUCAUGGUUACUUCCUCUUACGAGACAUUCUGAUUGGAAAUGGUUUUAACAUUAUUGUUUGGUUGUUCGGUCAUCUCUGUCCCAAUGUUCAGCCACACAUUUUGAAA